GUUUAAUACAACUUGUAUUGCAAAAAUGCCGCUCAAUCUUGGAGAGACUGUUCCCGACUUUGUUGCCGACUCGACCGAGGGCGAGAUCAAGUUCCACUCGUGGCUCGGCGACAGCUGGGGCAUUCUGUUCUCCCACCCCGCCGACUUCACCCCGGUGUGCACGACCGAGCUCGGCUGCAUCGCCAAGGCCGCACAGACGGGCGAGUUCUCGCGCCGCAACACCAAGAUCAUCGCCCUGAGCGUCGACUCGGCCGAGCAGCACCGCGCCUGGAUCAAGGACAUUGCUGCCUUCCAGGGCGUCGAGGGCGCUUGGCCGUACCCCAUCCUGUCCGACACAGACCGCACCCUCGCUGUCAAGUGGGGCAUGCUCGAUCCCUCUGAGAUCGACUCCAAGGGCUUGCCCGUCACUGCCCGUGCCGUCUUCUUCAUUGGCCCCGACAAGAAGGUCAAGGCCGUCAUCCUGUACCCCGCCACCACUGGCCGCAACGUUGAUGAGCUCGUUCGCGUGUUGGACUCGCUCCAGCUGACGGUCAAGUACGCUUGCGCUACCCCCGUCAACUGGAAGGUUGGCGAUCAGGUCAUGAUCCAGCCUUCGGUUUCGAACGAGGCUGCCAAGGACAAGUUCCCCAAGGGCUGGAAGACUGUCGAGGUUCCCUCCAAGAAGGAGUACAUUCGUCUGACUCCCUACCCCGACCAUUAACUGCAGUGCUGCAGAGCGUCCUGUCGCAACAAGCGUCAUGGCCGCCCCCCCCCCCUCUUUUUCUUUGAUGCUGGGCUGCAGUGAUUUUGUUGCUUGUUGUUGGUUUGUUACUUCAAAACAAAGUCCAAAUCCAACCAUCGUGCGCU